AUGGAGCCACACAAUCCAGUGGAUGCUCCGAGAGCUUCCAUGCCAGAUGAGUUGUGCCAUCCUUUUUCAAAGUUUUCUGAAUGGAAGUUUAAGCUCUUCCGGGUUCGUUCAAUGGAAAAGGCCCCUCUGCCAAGUGAGCCUUUGCAGGGGAAGGAAGCAAAGUUGAGGGUGGUUGAACAGUGUGAUGACUUAAGAGGUCCAGGAAGUGUUAUGAAGCUCUGUCUGGGAGGCAAGAACAAGGAGAAUGUAGAGGGUCCGGGCAGGGAGAUCGAUCUCAAGCUUCAGGAGAUUGACACACACAUGGAGCAUCUCAGGUCUUUUUGUCGCUUAUGCGGCAUAAUUCUGAGAAAAGCAAAAGGCCCAGAGCAUGAGGUCCAAGGAGACCUUGAUGAUUCCAGCAGAAAUGCCUUACGCAAGAUGGGUUGCAAAGCUACCAGAUGGCCUGAAGUCAUUGUAAAGGUCUUUAAGGUGGAUGUGAGUGGUGACAUGGAGACCAUUCACCCAGCUAUGUUCUGUCAUCAAUGCUGGACAGUAGCUAUAAGAGGAGGGGGGAUCUGUAGUUUCACAAGGACUCAGGUUCCUGUAUGGAAGCCUCAUACCUCAAAUUGCUUGCUUUGUUACCCCAAGAUUAGAAAACUUCAACGAAGAGGAAGGAAGAGAAGCAAACCACUACAUAGUACACACAUCCUUCCCAAAAAGACAAAAAGAGACUCUCCAACAUUCACAGGGGGCACUAGAGUGUGGAGACAAACCACAGACAACCCAACAGCUGUGAAUUUUAAAACCUGGGUAAAGCCGACUGCUCAGAGGAACCUUUGGGUAAAAAAUAUCACUCGUUGCCAGAGAGAUCACCUGAGCUGCAAGCUGCUACCAGGCGAUCUCCCUAAAGAAUUUGUAAAUGCUGUUGCCUGCCAAGUUUGUGAUCAUCUGUUGUCUGACCCAGUUCAGUCCCCCUGCCAGCACCUCUUCUGUCGCACCUGCAUCCAGAAAUACAGCCUUGCCCUGGGACCCCAGUGUCCAACCUGUGGACUCCUCUUUAACCCCACUGACCUGAAGAGCCCUGCCAAAGCAUUUAUCUUUAUUCUCCAGUCUCUUCCUCUGCUCUGUCCAAGAGAAGGUUGUGAGGAGUGGGUUAGAUUUGACUCUUUCGGAGACCAUUGCCUGAAUCACUGUCUUGAAGCCAACAAUGGAAAGGAAGAAAGUAUCACAGAGCAGAAUCUGGAUGGCUUUAUGCCUGUCAACAAGGGUGGCCGUCCUCGGCAGCACCUGCUCUCACUAACACGAAGAGCACAGAAGCACAGGCUAAAAGACUUGAAGAAUCAGGUGAAGGCUUUUGCUGACAAAGAGGAAGGUGGAGAUGUGAAAUCAGUGUGUUUGACCCUGUUUUUGCUGGCUCUAAGGGCAGGCAAUGAACACAGACAGGCUGAUGAGCUGGAGGCCAUGAUGCAAGGCAGGGGUCUCGGUUUGCAUCCAGCUGUGUGUCUGGCGAUCCGAGUAAACACCUUCCUCAGCUGUAGUCAAUAUCACAAAAUGUACCGCACUGUCAAGGCCAUUAGUGGACGUCAAAUCUUCCAGCCCUUACACACUCUUCGUAAUGCUGAGAAGGAGCUUCUUCCUGGAUUUCAUCAAUUUGAGUGGCAGCCAGCAUUAAAAAACGUUUCCACCUCUUGGAAUGUGGGUAUCAUAGAUGGCCUGUCUGGGUGGACAAUCUCUGUAGAUGAAGUACCUGCAGAUACCAUUUCUAGAAGAUUUCGUUAUGAUGUGGCCCUUGUAUCGGCUCUGAAGGACUUAGAGGAGGACAUCAUGGAGGGACUGAGAGAGAGAGAUAUAGAUGACAGCACCUGUACCUCAGGUUUCACUGUGGUGAUCAAGGAGUCAUGUGAUGGCAUGGGAGAUGUCAGUGAAAAGCAUGGAGGUGGACCGGCUGUCCCAGAGAAAGCAGUGAGAUUCUCCUUCACAGUCAUGUCCAUCACAGUUCAAGCUGAAGGUGAGGCGGACGCGGUCACUAUCUUUCAGGAGCCAAAGCCUAACUCGGAGCUCUCCUGUAGACCUCUGUGCCUUAUGUUUGUGGAUGAGUCUGAUCAUGAGACGCUGACAGCCAUCCUGGGACCUGUGGUCACCGAACGUAAAGCUAUGAAAGAGAGUCGCCUCAUUCUUUCUAUAGGUGGUCUCCUUCGUUCCUUCCGCUUUCACUUUCGAGGCACAGGCUAUGAUGAAAAGAUGGUAAGAGAUAUGGAAGGUUUGGAGGCUUCAGGUUCCACUUACAUUUGUACCCUGUGUGAUUCUACACGAGCUGAAGCCUCUCAGAACAUGGUGCUUCACUCUAUUACCAGAAGCCAUGAAGAAAAUCUUGAGCGUUAUGAGAUAUGGAGGACUAACCCUUAUUCUGAGUCUGCAGAAGAACUGAGGGAUCGAGUCAAAGGGGUCUCAGCUAAGCCAUUUAUGGAGACACAGCCUACAUUAGAUGCCCUUCAUUGUGACAUUGGCAAUGCUACUGAGUUUUACAAGAUUUUCCAGGAUGAGAUUGGUGAAGUAUACUUGAAAAGCAACCCAACUCGAGAAGAGCGUAGACUCUGGCGCUCAGCCCUUGACAAGCAGCUUAGAAAAAAGAUGAAGCUAAAACCAGUGAUGCGGAUGAAUGGAAACUAUGCACGGCGACUGAUGACCCGUGAGGCUAUCGAAGUGGUGUGUGAGCUGGUUCCUACUGAAGAGCGGCGUGAGGCUGUAAAGGAACUCAUGGAGCUUUAUCUUCAGAUGAAACCUGUGUGGCGUUCUACCUGUCCAGCUCGAGAUUGCCCAGAUCUGCUCUGCCGUUACAGCUUCAACUCUCAGCGAUUUGCCGAACUCCUUUCCACAAAAUUUAAAUAUCGUUAUGAUGGCAAGAUUACCAACUACCUCCACAAGACUUUAGCUCAUGUACCUGAAAUUGUAGAGCGAGAUGGAUCGAUUGGUGCCUGGGCCAGCGAGGGAAAUGAGUCCGGGAAUAAACUUUUCCGUCGAUUCCGUAAGAUGAAUGCUAGGCAGUCCAAGAUGUUUGAGUUAGAAGACAUACUAAAACACCAUUGGCUGUACACAUCUAAGUAUCUGCAAAACUUCAUGGAGGCUCACAAAAGUUCUGCGAAAGCAUUCCAAGCCACUAUUCACCCUGAGGAAAGCCCUGAUGACUUAGAUAUAGAACCUGACAUUCCAGACUUUUAA